UGAAGUAUAAUGACUUCAGAAAUAAGAACCAGUUAUUCGUUUAUUGGUCAAAUCCAUUUUCUUAAAGUCGCAACAAACAGUUAACAGAAGCAACAACAAUGGAAGUUUUACCCAACGAACUCGAUCAUCAUCUUCAUAACCCGAUUACCCGAUCCAUUUCAAACAACCCAUUAAUCUUCAUCAUCGUCCUCCUCCUCUCUCACUCCACCCUUGCCACUUCUUUCCCCACACCUUCACCAAUUCCAAUCUUACCUUUACCAAGUUCACAGCAGCUCUCAUGGCAGCUCUCAGAAAUGGCACUCUUCCUCCACUUCGGAACCAACACUUUCACCGACUCCGAAUGGGGCACCGGCCACGCGGAUCCCUCUGUCUUCAACCCCACCGCCCUAAACGCCACCCAAUGGGUCGCCGUCGCUAAGGAAAACGGGUUUUCUCGCGUCAUUCUUACAGCCAAACACCACGAUGGGUUUUGCUUAUGGCCUUCCGAUUACACUGAUUACUCUGUGAAAUCGAGUCCAUGGAGGGGUGGUAACGGCGAUGUAGUCGGUGAAUUAGCUAAAGCUGCUCAAGAAGCUGAGAUUCAAUUAGGUCUUUAUCUUUCUCCAUGGGAUAGACAUGAACCUACUUACGGAAAAACCCUAGAAUACAAUGAAUAUUACAUGGCUCAAAUGACUGAAUUGCUUACUAGAUAUGGAAACGUAAAGGAAGUCUGGCUAGAUGGUGCGAAAGGGGAAGGAGAGAAAGACAUGGAGUAUUUCUUCGAGAAUUGGUUCAGCCUGAUCCACCAACUGCAACCUAGCUCCGUCAUCUUCUCCGAUGCUGGUCCAGACGUCAGAUGGUCCGGCGACGAGGAAGGUUUCGCAGGCACCACCUGUUGGUCGCUUUUCAACCGGAGCAACGCCGCAAUUGGCGGCACAGAUGCCAAGUACUCACAAGGCGGAGAUCCGCUAGGGCACGACUGGGUACCUCCAGAAUGCGACGUUUCAAUCAGGCCAGGGUGGUUCUGGCAUGAAUCCGAGCUUCCAAAAUCUGCAACAAAUCUUCUCGAAUUAUACUACAAUUCAGUAGGGCGAAACUGUCUUUUACUACUAAAUGUUCCACCAAAUUCUUCAGGUCUCAUAUCGGAACAAGACAUUAAAGUUCUUCAAGAGUUUUCCAACCUCAGAGCCUCGAUUUUCUCUCAAAACCUAGCAAAAUCCGCCAUUGUUACAGCCAGCACCACUCGCGGUGGUUCUGGAUCUAAUAACACACAGUUCAACUCAAAGUCUAUCUUGGAAGAAGGCAUUUUUACUUACUGGGCUCCUAAAAAGAAUCAAACCCACUGGAUUAUAUAUCUUAAUUUUCAAGAAUCUGUGAGCUUUAAUGUUGUACAAAUUCAAGAACCAAUUCAAAUGGGCCAGAGGAUUGUUAAGUUUCAUGUAGAUGUUGUUGAUGAAGAUGGUGAAUGGCGGGAAGUGUUGACUGGGUCAACUGUGGGAUUCAAGAGAAUUUUAAGAUUCCCAAAUGUGAAAACUCAGAGACUAAGGCUUGUAAUUGAUAAAUCUAGGGCAGAACCUUUGGUUGCUUAUUUGGGAGUUUAUGUUGAUAAAGUUUCUAUACUUGGGAACAUUAAGAGUAACACUACCUCAAAUUCAAGCUCUGUUAUCAACUUUAAUGGCAGUCAAAUUUUGCAUCAGAUUGUGAAUAAUCGCACUCGUGUUUCUUCAAUAUAGUUCAUCUUGAUGUAAUUUCAACACAAAUGAGCAUUCUUUAUGUAAACUUUGCAUUUGUUGUAUUUUUCACCAACAAUAUGUUGUACCAUUUUCGAUUAGUGGAUCAAGAUACAUGCUUCCUUCUGAGAUC